AUGUCAUCAACUGCAUUUGCUGCUUCAGCCACUCUUCUACGGCUGAAUUGUGAGGCAAAGCACCAGGCUAGGUUAUUUCCUGAUUUCUUGAGAAGAGGCCGGUCUAAGAUAUCGCUAUUUGCUAGCUCGCAAAGGAAAAGAUCGCAGUUUGUUAUUGCUUCAAGUGCAUCUGGGGGGAAUGGAGGUGUUGCGGAGAUAUCUGAAGCUGAAACUGCCCCUCAAUUUUAUUCUUGGCCGGAUGAGAAGAAACCAAGGGUGUGUAUACUAGGUGGUGGGUUUGGAGGUCUAUAUACUGCUCUAAGACUAGAAUCGUUAGUGUGGCCUGAUGACAAGAAGCCUCAGGUGCUCCUUGUUGACCAGUCUGAACACUUUGUUUUUAAGCCAAUGCUUUAUGAGCUUCUCUCCGGAGAAGUUGAUGCAUGGGAGAUAGCUCCUCGCUUUUCAGAUCUGCUGGCCAAUACAAAUGUGCUGUUUAUUCAAGACAAGGUCAAGCUCUUGUACCCUUCUGAUCAUUUGGGAAUGAAUGGACCUGCAAAAUCAAGUGUUGGAGGGAGUGUCCUUCUUGAGAGUGGUCUUCUUAUUGAAUAUGACUGGCUGGUUCUUUCUCUGGGUGCUGAACCUAAGCUUGAUGUUGUACCAGGAGCGUUGGAGUUUGCAUUGCCAUUCUCGACUCUGGAGGAUGCUCGCAAGGUUGAUCUUAGGCUAAGAGAACUGGAGAGGAGAAAGUUCAGCAAGGAAUCUCUGAUACGUGUGGUGGUCGUUGGUUGUGGUUAUGCGGGAGUUGAGUUAGCUGCCACAGUAUCGGAGAGACUGCAGGACAGAGGCGUAGUGCAAGCAAUUAAUGUAGAAAACACAAUUUGCCCGAACGCCCCACUUGGAAAUAGGGAGGCUGCAACUAAAGUUCUCUCGUCCAGGAAAGUUGAACUUCUGUUGGGUUACUUUGUUCGUUGUAUUCGCCAAGUUGUUGAUACAGAAGCUUCAGAAAAACCAGCAAAGAGCAUAGGAGUAGAACAUGAUUAUGGGAAAUAUAUAUUGGAACUUCAACCUACUGAAAAGGGAUUACAAAGUCAAACUAUUGAAGCAGAUCUUGUCUUAUGGACUGUUGGGUCUAAAUCUCUUCUUCCUCAUCUGGAACCUGGUAACAGACGUAGUGCGCUUCCCUUAAACGGCAGGGGCCAAGCAGAAACAGAUGAAACUCUUCGCGUUAACGGUCACCCACGCAUAUUUGCAGUUGGUGAUUCUUCUGCUUUAAGGGAAUCAAAUGGAAGGCUUCUUCCUGCCACUGCACAGGUCGCUUUUCAGCAAGCAGACUUUGCUGGUUGGAAUCUGUGGGCUGCAAUAAACAACCGCCCGCUUUUGCCUUUCAGGUUUCAGAAUUUAGGCGAAAUGAUAACUUUGGGAAGAAAUGAUGCUGCCAUUUCUCCAAGUUUCAUCGAGGGGUUAACGCUAGAUGGUCCUUUGGGUCACACCGCAAGGAAAUUGGCCUACUUGAUUAGAUUACCAACUGAUGAGCAUAGGCUUAAAGUAGGGAUCAGCUGGCUCACAAAAUCUGCUAUAGAUUCUGUUGCAUCUCUACAGAGCACCCUCACUAAGGUUAUCUCAAACUCAUAG